GAAAAUGUUGUACAAUAAUUUGAAAAAUUUCGGUAUAAAGUUGUAAAAUGUUGCAACGACUAUAAGCUUAAGUAUAUAUUGUUGAAUAUGUGGCUAAACUUCACAUACUUAUAAGUCUUUGAAAUACACUUGUGAAUAACAGUAAGUUAUAAUGGAUUCCCAAAAUCAUAUGGAUACGUACAACGACAAUGCUGCAUUGAACCCGCCUGCUAUGAAUAGGCCGACAGAACCAUUCCAACCAUUUUUGCGACCGGAACUCACAGGCGUCCCUCCGGAAGAUCCUUAUGCGCAGUAUCUAAGAAAUCAGGAAUCACUGCUGCUGAAUGAUAUGAACGCUAAACAAUCAUUAGAUAUGUUAAAACAACAAACCAGCGCACUUGAAGCGCUAGGUUAUCCCGGUAUAAGUGGCAAUAGUUAUCCGCCGAAUGACCAUUUUGGACAAAAAAGAAAGAAAGACUCCGAAAACGAUGAUAUGGUCGAUGCAAAGAAAUCUAGUAGUAAUAACAACAUGUCUGCGGAAGAGAAAAAGACUGCAAACAUGCGUAAAAAUAUACGAGACGUCUUCGACGAAAACCAAUUGGACACGAAUACACUGGCAGCACAACGUGAGGAAUCUGAACGUCUGGCACGUGUUGCUGAACAACAGAAAAUCAUACGUGAAACACAGCGACAAGCGGCGGUUAAUAGAAGCUUUGUGCGUACGCAAAAUAAAGUACUCUCCCUGCUACAAAGUGGCACAACAUUUGCAAAGGUCACCAGUGAAACGCCAUUCGAAGAAGUCGACACAACUGCAACAGAGUCUGAACAAAAUGCCAGUCCACAAGCUUUACCAAUUAUUAGUGCCGAAGAAAAGCUUACUACUACUAAAGUGGAACCAGAAAGCGUUUUACAAAAAGACGUUGCACCCGUUUCGCCAACACCAAUUGAAGAUGAUGACGAUGAUGAUGCUGUUAAACCCGCAGAAGAACAAGUUAUCAGUGAUGUGGUGACAAUUGAAGAUAGUUCCUCUGAGGAUGAUUGCAUUAUGUUAUCUGACGAUGAAGAGGAGCUCGAUGAUGAAGAAGAGGUGGACGAUCCCAGCAACAGCGGUCUACAUGUCAAAGAUGCAUACAAUGUGGCCGAUGAGCAAGGACGUGUUUUAGUUAAUAUCGGUCAUCCAGAGGGUGAAGAUGACAUUUUCGUAGCACCACAAAUAGCGCGCACCAUCAAACCACAUCAAAUUGGUGGUGUGCGUUUCCUUUUCGAUAACAUAAUUGAAUCGACGAAACGUUUUAAGAGUUCCAGCGGUUUCGGUUGUAUACUCUCGCAUUCAAUGGGUUUGGGAAAAACGCUACAAGUGAUUUGUUUCUGUGAUAUCUUCCUGCGGCAUACACCAUCAAAAACGGUACUCUGUGUGAUGCCCAUUAAUACACUGCAAAAUUGGGUAUCCGAAUUCAAUAUGUGGUUGCCGAAAUACUCCGACAAUCCCGAACAUAUACGACCCAGGCAAUUUGAUGUUUUCAUACUCAACGAUCAGCAUAAAACACUGAGUGCACGUGCCAAAGUAAUACUUAAGUGGGCCGAAGAAGGUGGAGUGCUACUCAUUGGCUAUGAAUUGUUCCGUUUGCUCGCGUUGAAAUUGAUGUCGACACGUAAGCGUCGCAGCAAUAAAGCGGGCACUUGUGAACGUAGUGGCACAGAAAUGAAUAGACGUUUGAUGGAAAGUGUACAUCAGGCAUUAGUGAAACCGGGUCCGGAUUUGGUAAUAUGCGAUGAAGGUCACCGCAUUAAGAAUGCACAUGCCGGCAUAUCACUUGCACUGAAACAGAUACGCACACGCCGUCGAAUCGUAUUAACUGGUUAUCCAUUACAAAAUAAUCUACUAGAAUACUGGUGUAUGGUGGACUUUGUGCGUCCCAAUUAUCUGGGUACACGCAAUGAGUUUUGCAAUAUGUUCGAACGUCCCAUACAAAAUGGUCAAUGUAUUGACUCAACACCGGAGGAUCACAAAUUGAUGCGUUAUCGUGCGCAUGUGUUGCACUCUCUGCUAUUGGGUUUCGUGCAGCGACGUUCACAUGUUGUACUACAACAAACACUACCGAAAAAACUGGAAUAUGUCAUAUUGACACGUAUGACAGCGUUUCAACGUCAACUCUACGAUACAUUCAUGAAUGAUAUAGUGCGUACCAAAUCUGUUCCUAAUCCAUUGAAAGCCUUCGCUGUUUGUUGUAAAAUAUGGAAUCAUCCGGAUGUGUUGUAUAGUUUUUUGAAAAGAAAAGAAAUCGACUGGGAAUUAGAAAUGGAGGAACCGGAGGCUAUUGUUGAACCAGCAGCAGCAGCAGCAACAACAACAACUACAGUAACUGCUGCUACACCCGUGUGUGAGUUGGAAAAAUCUACAACGCUGGAAGAUAAACCCAUCAGCAGCGAAGCCGUUGUUGAUGUAUCAAUGUGUCAAGAUGUCAAACCCAAAGAAGAUACUAACUCUGAAGCCGAUUCGCCUGCAUCAGAGUGCAAGCAGUUGGAUAAACAAUCGCCAGCAGAUAUGACACAGCGUGAUGGGCAGACUUUGACGGCGAACAAACCGAACACGGAAUUUUCCAAUUUGAUGAAGAGCUCAUUGCUAACGGAUCCUUACAAUCAACAGCAGACCGAUGUGCCCUCUUAUUUGGGUGGCAAUGCCAAUAAUUAUUGGCAAGAGUCGAACGUAAACUAUUUCAACUAUCAAACGGCUAGCGACAACAUUGAAUCCUUAUCGAAGCCGAACUAUGUGGGCAUGGUGCCACAGCGUGCCGAAGAAACACCCAACGAGGCGACGGAGGGCGCUGGUUCUUCACAAAUUGUCGAUUUGGAUACGAAGGAAAUAAAAACCGUUGAAACCGAUAUCGAUAUGACACUCUGUCCGGUCAUUAAAAAUGAGGCAGUAGGCGAUAAUGCUAUAUUAGCUAAUGCAAAUGGUGAGAGCACAACAACUGCCAGCAGUACAGAUGCCUUAAUUGAGGAUAUCAAAAUGCUAACCAGUACUACUAAUUCAACAGGCAAUGAAAAAGAUGUUGGCAAGGUGAAACCAGACGAUACGACACUACAUGAGUGGGCCAUCGAGUUGAUGAAGAAAUACCGACCGGGUCUGUUGGAGAACUCGCCGAAAAUGGAGAUAUUAUUUUGUAUACUAAACGAGAGUGUCAAACUUGGCGAUAGAGUGCUUCUAUUUAGCCAGAGUCUAUUAACAUUAAACUUAAUAGAGACAUUUUUGCAAAUGACACGCAUGCCGGAUUCGGAUAUGUGUUGGGGGCGUGGCGUAACGUAUUUUCGUUUGGACGGUUCAACCACAUCGCAAGAACGUGAACGGCUCGUAAAUGAAUUUAAUUCCAAUACAAACUUGAAAUUGUUCUUGAUUUCAACGAGAGCUGGUUCGCUUGGCAUAAAUCUGGUCGGUGCGAAUCGUGUUAUAGUUUUCGAUGCCAGUUGGAAUCCCUGUCAUGAUACACAAGCAGUAUAUAGAAUUUAUCGCUACGGCCAACGAAAGCCAUGCUUCGUUUAUCGUAUUGUAAUGGAUAAGUGUUUGGAGAAGAAAAUCUACGAUAGACAAAUUAAGAAACAGGGCAUGGCCGAUCGUGUAGUCGAUGAGUGUAAUCCCGAUGCGCAUCUAUCGAUAAGAGACAUCACCAAUCUCUGUCACGAUUAUGAUGAUGAUGAUAAAAGUCAAACGGAGGCGCCGGAAUUCAGCACACCACUCGAUUCAUUCGAAGACGUUUUAAUACGGAAAAUCGUGGAACAGCAUAAAAACGGCCUAUCCAAGGAACCAUUCUUCCAUGAGAGCUUGUUGAUUGAUCGUAAAGAGAAGAAACUGUCACAGGCUGAGAAAAGGCAAGCACAUCGUGGCUAUGAAAUGGAGAAGAAGGCGAGUGUUAAACAAAACUUUAGUGUGCCCAUUAAGAAUCAAUAUCGCAUUGUGCGUAACGAUGGCAGUAUAGUGACGCGUCCUGUUGCGUCGAUACGUCCGAUGCAAACGACUAAAACAACAACGGCGACCAAAAGUGGUGGUAUACGUACCACACGCUGGAUACCAGCUGAGGUGUGGCAGCGGCAAGGCAUGACGGCACAAGAGAUGACUUUGCCUUUGGACGUUGUUAUACCCACACAUUCGAAUGACAAAUCGAAUAUAAUUUUAAAGUCCGGACAGCGUGUUAUGGUUUUGAAGUCGGCAAAAGGCAUUUAUAUGCAGCUGGAGAGUGGCAAAAUUAUUGCAAUACGCACGUCCAGCAAAGCCGCCGAGGUGAAUAAGACGGACAAGGAUGAGGUGAUUGAUAUCACAAACGAGGGUGAUAACACAACUGAGAAGAAAGGCGAAGAUGGUGGAAAAAACGAAAAUUCGAAUCAAAAAGAAAGUGACAGCAACACAGCAAAAGGAUCUCAAAACAAUUGCACUGAAACUAGCGAAAAAUCAACCAGUUAUGACAAAUGUAGUAAUAAUAAUACAAAAAAAUUGGUGGAAACUAACCCAACUAAAGGCAAGGAAUACGUGCAGCCAAAUCAGUAUAAAACGGAUAUGCAAAUGCAAAAGGAUGAUAUGAAUAGCAAAUUUGAUAGUUUGAAAAAAGUUGAGCCGAAGACGAGUCAACAAAAUAUUGAGAAAGUCUACGCAACGCAUACAAAUGAUAAUACCACCAAGCAGCAAGAGUUUACUAAUUCCGCGAGGGGUGGCCCAAAAGUGCUGGCACCGAAGCCGCCACAACAAAUCGAUGAUGGGCUAGCUUUGAAAAAGCAUGAGAACAGCCAUCAGCAGCAACAGCAACAACAACAGCAGCAGCAACAACAACAAUUACUAACGCAACAACAUGAGCAGGAGAAGGAAAAGAAGGAUGCUAUGUAUCCGCCAAAACAUGGACUUGAUAAGAAUAACCCACCACAACAGAACACACUCUUGAAUCAGCAGCAAAAAUGUCUACCACAAUAUAAUAAUAAGCCAUUGGUGGAUCCUGCACCAUAUCCAUACAAGCAAAUGGGUAAUUAUCCGUUUUGUGGUCUAACACCACCCGAUCUUUCGAAAUACACGAAUCAAAGAGGUGACAUGAUGACAACAACACCGACUGAGUCUUUUCAGACCUGUAAUUACAAUAAACGAAAACUACAACAAAAAGAGUUGCCAAUACCAACUGAUUAUACGCCUUCGCCCACAUCAUCAUCCUCAUCCGCUUCAGCCGCAUCAACUGCAUCAGCAACAGCACCAUCAGCGUCCACAUCACAGAAUCAAAGCCUAAAACAUAGUCAUUUAAAUGCCGCUACAGCUGCCCAUCAAUCGUCACCAUACACGCAAUCACCCUACUCCACAUUAUUCCAUCAGCAGCAACAGCCAAAACUACACCUGUACGGAUCAAAUUAUAAUUUAGACAAUGAACAUUAUAGUAAUUUAGCGCAAACUACACAUAGUACACAAAAUUUGAAUCAAAAUCAUAGUCUCAUUGGUGACACGUACGGUGGCGUACAGGAGAAUAGCACAAGCCUUAUGCAUGGCGGCGGUCAAAAUGUGUCGGCGCCGUGUGAUUAUUCCACACAUUUUCCCGACUAUGCCGCCUACAGUUCGUACAACCAUCCGCAUUAUUUUCCACAUUUUGCCAAUUCAUACGGGAAUGGUACGUCAGCACCGAUUGGCACCAAUCCAUACCACCAAAUGCAUUGGUCACCAUUAAUAGCGCCAACUACUAUAAAUGAGCAAUGUAAUCCUGUACACUCGUCCGUUUAUCCUCAAAAUGGUGCGCAACAUAAUCAAUGGCAUCACAAAUUAUAAAUAUUGUAGUUACAUAUAUAAGAAGAAAAAAAUAUCACCAUUCAGCCACAAAAAGGUUUUAAAUUAAUUAAUUUAAUUGCAUGGUAUUAUCGUAAAUUUGAAAUAUAGAAUAUAAAAUAAAAAAAAAUAUAUUAAUUGAAUAA